AUGUGUACUUGCACUCAAUGGUGGUACGAAUACACGUGCGGGUGCGUAUUGCGCGUCGGCGUGGUAGUGUGCCCAGAAUGUAAAGCAAAAGAAGGAACAGACAAGGAGGGAGAAGGACAGAAGAUGAUCGACAAAACGAGAAAGGCGCCUGGGAAAUGCGAAGACCACGGUGGCUCCCCGAGCACCAUCUGUCCCGGUCGUUUUACACUUCAACUAUUUCGGCCUUUUCUUGAUGCUCUCCCUUAUCGAUCCGUUAUCAUCCUUUUGCGUGGCGAUCGAACAAACGCGGCAGCCAAAUCGGCUCUAGGGCCUCAGUUAUCUCUUCCAAACGGCUAUUUUCAAUACCCCGUGCAAGCCGGCCCCCUUUCAGUGUUUCUAGCAGCUGUAUCCGCCAGUGUUAUGAGUGAAAAUCUUUGA